AAAACAAAACAAAAAACAUUCUAAAGUUUUGUUAGUUUUAUAAUUGAUGUUGCGUGUCCCCUGUUCAUCCCUAAAUCCUGCAGGCUUCUGAAUUUGUAAUCUUUACAAUUAUUCCAUAUGGAGAAAUAUGAGAAAAUUAAAGUGGUCGGGCGUGGUGCCUACGGAACUGUUUAUCUUUGCCGCCGCUUGAGUGACAAGAAAUUAUUAAUCAUUAAACAAAUCCCUGUGGAACAGAUGACUAAAGAUGAAAGACAGACAGCUUUGAAUGAGGUGAAAGUUCUGUCGAUGCUAAACAACCCUUUCAUCAUCAAAUAUUACGAGAACUUUCUAGAAGACAAAGCUUUAAUGAUUGUCAUGGAAUACGCACAAGGUGGGACAUUGUUUGAAUUAUUACAGAGCCGUAAUGGACAACUUUUGGAUGAAGAGGUCAUCCUGCAUUACUUUGCUCAGAUGCUGUUGUCUCUUCAACAUGUUGACUCCAAACAAAUUCUUCACCGAGACCUCAAGACACAGAACAUACUCCUAGACAAAAAGAAGCAGAUUGUCAAAAUCGGAGACUUUGGCAUUUCCAAAGUUCUUAGCAGCAAAAGUAAAGCUUAUACGGUUGUUGGCACCCCAUGUUACCUGUCUCCUGAACUCUGUUCUGGAAUGCCAUAUAACCAAAAAAGCGACAUCUGGGCUCUUGGUUGUGUUCUCUACGAAAUGGUUACUCUGAAACGAGCCUUCGAGGCAUCGAAUCUUCCAGCUUUGAUCAUCAAAAUCGUUGGAGGGACCUUUGAACCAAUUCCUGAUAUUUACAGUGAAGAAUUGCGAUCACUCAUUCUAAGCAUGCUUCACCGAGAUCCUAGCAAACGACCAACCAUAAACCAGAUUAUCACCCAACCUCGAAUUAUUAAUCAUGUUCUCUACCUUUAUACUGACUGGGGCAAAAUCCCAUCAACCAGGGUACAAAGACCAUUGUCCAGUAUUCAGCCUUCAGCACGGAACAGGCAGUCGGUGAGAGGAGGCAAUAACAUCACAAACAGAGAUACUCUCUCAGAGAAAUCUCAGGCUGCAAGCUGUGUGUAUUGUUGGGGAGGUGGCAUUCCACAACCACUGAAAUUAACUCUGCCAAGUUGUGACACCCAAGUCAUUCAAGUGGCAGCAGGAAGAACCCAGAAAGCCGCUGUCACUAAAAGUGGUCGAUUAUUUGUUUGGGAGAGUACAGGAAUUACAACUGACAGUGUCUUACCUGGAACUGUAGAGAAUUCUAGCCCUGCUUUUAUACCAAGAUACCUGGAAGGUCAAGCGGCCGUCACAAUUCAACAUGUUUCUUGCGGAGAUCUUUUUGCUGCCUGUUUGACAGGUUAGGGGAUUCUAAUGACUCUGGGAAGUGGUGCCAAUGGUUGUCUGGGACAUGGCAACUUUAAUGAUGUUACUCAUGCAAAGAUAGUGGAAGCUCUUCUGGGUUAUGAAGUGAUGCAGGUGUCAUGUGGUGCAUCACAUGUUUUAGCAGUGACCAAUGAACAUGAAGUAUUUGCUUGGGGACGUGGAGAUAACGGUCGUCUUGGUUUAACUACCCAGGAGAGCUGUCUUUCUCCAUCAGCUGUGCCAAUUCCUGAAAAUAUGCAGCCAUUUUCUGUCCACUGUGGUGUGGAUAGUUCUAUUAUAUUAACUGUGGACAAGAAACUUCUAAGUUGUGGCAAUAACAGAUAUAACAAACUUGGAUUAGACACAGAGGAAGAGAAUGUGGAUGUCAUCUUUAAGUUCACUGUCGUCAGUCGGUUGCCUUUAGGUGAGAAAGAAAUAAAAAAUGUUGCCCUGGGUACAUCCCACACUGCGGUUGUGACAGUCAGUGGUGAAUGUUUCACGUUUGGUUCAAACCAGUUUGGCCAGUUGGGUUAUGAAACAGAAUUCUCCUCUCGCAGCCGACCUCGCCGUGUCGACAGCUUAGAGUCGUUUGUAACUACUGCAGUAGCAUGUGGCGAUACCUACACCAUAGCAGUCACCGAAGAUUCAGAAGUAUUUUCAUGGGGAAACAGUUCUCGAGGUCGACUCGGCAGGAAUUCAGAAAACAGUGGAAUCCCUCAGAAGAUUACUUUCCCAGAUGAUCCGUUCACUGUGACCUCGGUCUCUUGUAGCUAUGGUAACACUCUCAUUGCUACCAAACAUUAACACCCAUUCCAAUGAACUUGGUGCAGCUGUCUGCAUUAUAUCAACACAUAGUGAUGGCUGCAGUGGUAUCACUGUCACGUGACUGUCACAUGACUCACUUCUAUUCAUGCCUCACAUCACUAAUUGCACUUGAACAGGCAGACAGACUGACAGGCAGCAGAGAAGCCUUUAAUAAUAUACUUGUGUAAACUGUGGUUGUGAUGUAAGUGUGUAUGCUCUUUUACUCUUUUGCUUGUUUCAGUCAUGUGACUGUGGCCAUGCUGGAGCACCGCCUUUAGUUGAUCAAAUCGACCCUGGGACUUAUUCUUUGUAAGCCCAGU